AUCCAGCAGCCUCUGCACUCACAGCGCAUACUCCUGCCUCUAGAACUACAUCACCACUGACAGCACAGGAAAAGACCGAGUAAAAACAAAGAAACUGAAUUAUUUUUGUUAAUGUUGUGAGUGAGGCUACCUAGCAGCGUUAAGCGUGCGUAAAAUGCGCAGUCAUUGUAGCUCACUAUUAUUUACACUUAAAUAAUAAAGGACACCUUUUUUAAAGAAUUUAAACUACUUACAAGGAAUUUCAUCCGGUUGAGACUUAUCAAAUGUUAAAAAUGAGCGAGGAGCAUGACAAGUCCAUUUGCGACCAACCUUGCAGCCCGGCGGGAACCACCAGCUCCAUGUCGCAGGAUGACUCCGACUCUGAUGCGCCCUCUUCACCGACCGGAUCUGAUGGGCACGGAUCUCUUCUUGCAGGUAUCGGAAAGAAACUAGACGGAGAGGACGAUGACCGAUUCCCAGCAUGCAUACGUGAUGCGGUAUCCCAGGUUCUCAAGGGAUACGACUGGUCCCUCGUCCCUAUGCCGGUGCGGGGAAAUGGCUCUCUGAAAAAUAAGCCACAUGUCAAAAGACCGAUGAAUGCGUUCAUGGUGUGGGCGCAGGCGGCGCGUAGAAAGCUCGCGGACCAAUACCCUCAUCUGCACAACGCCGAACUGAGCAAGACUCUAGGAAAGCUAUGGCGCUUGCUGUCAGAGAAUGAGAAGAGGCCAUUCGUUGAAGAAGCCGAAAGGCUUCGGGUGCAACACAAACGAGACCAUCCCGAUUACAAGUACCAGCCUCGGCGUCGAAAGAGUGUGAAACCUGGGCAGAGUGAUUCUGACUCUGGUGCGGAGUUGAGCCAUCAGAUGUACAAACCUGAACCAGGAAUGUUGCCAGGUAUAGCCGAUGGACAUCACCACACUGAACAUGCAGGUCAAACCCAUGGUCCACCCACACCCCCUACAACCCCCAAAACAGACCUGCACCACGGAGGCAAACAGGACCUGAAACACGAGGGCCGACGUCUGCUGGACGGCGGCCGACAGAACAUCGACUUCAGCAACGUGGAUAUCUCCGAGCUCAGCACUGACGUCAUCAGCAACAUGGAGGCCUUCGACGUGCACGAGUUCGACCAGUACCUACCGCUCAACGGCCACGCGUCCACCGCCGGCAUGGACCACCACGGCCACCACGGCCCCAAUCCGGCGUCUGGGGCCACAUCGUACACGUCCUCCUACAGCCACCCCACAGUGAACGGUGCUGUCUGGAGCCGCAAGAGUGCCGCCAUGUCCGCCUCCUCCCCGGCGUCUAACGAAGCACUCCCGCCACAGCACCGGGCCCACAUCAAGACAGAGCAGCUGAGCCCCAGCCACUACGGCAGCCAGCACUCCCACAGCUCGCCGUCCCACCCUGAUUAUUCCCACUCCUACACAGCCCAGACCUGCGUGACUUCAUCCCCCACGGCGGCGGCAGGCUCAUUCUCCGGCUCCCAGUGUGACUAUACAGACCUCCAAAGCUCCAACUAUUACAACCCUUACUCAGGCUACCCAUCCAGCCUAUACCAGUACCCCUACUUCCACUCCUCCAGAAGGGCCUAUCACGGGAGCCCCAUCCUCAACAGUUUGUCCAUGCCCCCCACUCACAGCCCCACCACCUCCAGUUGGGACCAGCCGGUGUACACGACCCUAUCCAGACCAUAGGCGACUGUUCGUGUAGAUAGACGGUUACUCACCAGGGUCGUGUUUGUUCAGGGCACGCUGUAGCGAAAUGUUGUUUUUUGUUUUGCACCGGACCAUGAUACGUUUCAAUUUCUUAUUCCGAGUCCAAGUGGCCCCUCUUCUUUUUUUUUCUUUGUUUGGUGCGAGCUGAACAUGACCCAGGUCUCUGAGACUCUUUAUGAAUUGAUGCACUAUAUGAAUGAAGGAGUAGAGGAAGAAGAUAAGAGGCUACCCUUGUGCCAAUUUGAACAUGAAAUUGUGAAAUUAUACAAGCAAAAAGAAAAAAAAAGUGCCUGCUGAUUUUAUAUAUAACAUUUUAUCAUUUUACUUUAUCCAUGGAAAGACACAAACACUGACUGAUACAGAAACCAAGUCCACAGCAAGCCAAAAUUCCUCUGUGAGGAACAUACUCACACAAACACACCAACAUCUUGUACAGUCACAACCUUCAAGCUCAGGGUUGUGUUCAUUAGCUCACACAAUGGGAACGUUUUGCAAUGUUUUGCCGUGGAAAAUCUGAGUUUAUUGGACCAAUGAUCCAAAGAGCGAGCUUCUUCCUCUUUCAAUCUGCUUCCUUCUGUUUGGUGCCUAAUGAACACAACCUAGGUCUGCACAUGCUGUGUUGUGUGUGCCUUUUUCGGCAGCGGCACGUAAGACUGCCACAGACUUGUGUUGGACAUGUCCAAAUCCUUCGUGAAGCAGGUGGGGAAAACGAAGCUCUGGGAUUAAUUGUGUUUUCACAGGCUGAGUCCCAAAUGGCCCACUAUUCUAUAUAAGGCUUUGGUCAACAGUAGUGCACUACAUGCAUAAUGGUGCCAUUUGGGACGCAGACAAAGUGUAUUCACUGUACAAGUCCAGGAUGUAUCGCAUAAAUGUACACAUCUAUUUACAUCAGUGGACCAGUCUUAAUUUGAAUUCUUAAAAUGAUCAUGUUGUCGUUGUUACGUUGAUGUUAGAAAUAUUUUAAAUAUGUAUUUAUGUUCCUUCCAUUAUUUUCAAUUGUAUUUCCAUUGAAGCAGUUAAACACAUAACAGGGGUAUAUCACAUUGUCUUUUUAAGGCGUGAAAAUGGUGGACGGUGGAUCGAAGUAUAAAUUCCAUGGCACAUUACUACAUUUUGUAUUAUCAUUCCCUACAACACCAUUAACAAACAUUGUCUCUAUGCCAAGUUUGAAGAAUGCAAAGUGGGACCAAUAGAAUAGAUAGAUUCAAAUAUCACAUGGGGCAACAGACACCAGUAGACCAAAAUAAUACCACGAGAUCCAACAGGUGCCUGGAAGCCAUGCUUGGCCAAUUGCAAUUAGUCAUGAUGUUGGGGUUAAAGGAAGUGGGGUAAGAUAACACCAGACCCAAUGAGUGACAUGUCAGCUGGACUCGUGUGCAGGAUGCAGACAGGACAACAUGUGUGUGCUUGUCUCUCUGUCAGUGCUGUCGUCUUCCCUGUGGGACCAAGCACGAACAACGUGGCAAGUAGGACAGGAUUAUUUUCUAAAUUGACUAAGUGGCCCGCUUGAAUGUUAUGCGAGCUAAGCAUGGCCACUGUAAACUCACAGGAGAGGGGGAAGAACGUUGUCAUAUUCAAUAUGAAAUUUCAGUGACAUUAAUUCAUUUGAAAAAGUAUGUGUGGUUAUUGGGUGAUUUCCGCAAAAGUGAUUAGAUGCCAAUUCACUGUAACAGUGUCUGCAUGUGCAAAACAAUAUUUGUACCUAAUGCUUUUUAAUAUACGAUUUGGGUUAUUAACAAAUGUCAUGCAACGUACAGUACAAUCAGGAAUUCACACCACAUAAUGAAGUAAUCCUUACAUAAUCUUAAUUUGGUGCUGUCUUUUUAAGCCUCAAAUCUGUUUAAUUUCUCUGAUUUAAGGGCACAGAGCGUCAUGCUCCACCUUAUGUCCACAGAAUGCAGUGUUUUUCUUUGUAUUUUUACAGUUUAUAUUUUUAAUGACUAGGCUAUGAACUAUGUUGUCAUCCAUAUUAACUAGAUCAUUUACACACGCCAAGCUAACCCAUUUGCUGGCCAUUUCUGUGGAAAAAUAAAAAUGAACUUUUUUUCUUCA